AUGGCGUCGCAAACAGUUUCCGAUUUUGCAUCGACCAUAUACUCUGUUGAAAAGGCUGAUGACAUUGCUGAAAAAUAUAGCUUUCCCAUAGAUCUAGAAUAUCGAGCUCCCAUAGGCAAAACGCAUAAUAGAACUCUUCAAGGUGCCCCCUCGUGGAAGCCGAAUUAUUUGUUUGUUUCGGCUCCCGACGAUGUUCGUAUGGCUUGGGACUAUCGGGAAGCUCAUGAAAUGGGCGGUGUGGUAGAUGCCUGGUCCAAACACGAUAAGGCCAGAAUUGAGAGGUAUAGGGUGGACAUUGAUUCCUUGGAAUCCGUCGAGGACAUCCUGGGCUACACGGAAGUGCAACGCUACGUUCCUCCGGUUCGCGUCGAGAAGAGAAAAGAUGAUGAGGGAUCGUCCAACAAGGUCACCAAGAAGAGGAAGCUGAGAAGGCUUGUGAAGGCGUCUGAUGCAGGUGCCAAGGCUAAGAAGAAGAAGACUCCUACCCUCGAGGGGUUAGAGAAGCAGGUCGAGGAGCAAGUCUCGAUCGAGGUGGCAAGGGGAGAAGAUCCAUCGAAGGUUACCUCUCCCAUUAUUGAAGAAGUGGGGGCUCCGAUGCCUGAGGGUCCGGUACCCGAGACAGGUCCAGCGACAGAGCGGCAUCCGGAGUGGUUCAGACCGCUUGAAGCCUCUCUCGAAAAGAAAAACGUCGAGGACACCGACGGUUUGUCGUCAUACACUGGUGCCGCUGCCAUAUAUCAUUUUGGGGACAACAGGAUCGAGUGCCCCAUUACCGAGGAUGUAGAGGCAACUUUGACAGAGGAGGAAUCGCUAAAAAUGGUAAUAUUUUCUUCUCGAGUUACGUCUUCUCGGAGACAGCACGAUGCCUCUGUUAACGUUUUGUAUUUGUUGCAGCUAACUACGGCCAUGGCUAGCAUUCUCAUGUGCAAGAAGACGUUGAAACGGGACAUUGUUAGCCUCCAGGCUGAGAGAGGGUUCCUUGAACAGGAGAGGCAGUCGAGUGAACCCUCGAGGAAGGGGGAGGAGGCUCUGAGACUGGCUAGGGAAUAG